AUGAGAGGAGCGGCAUCAAUCGAGUCCAACCCAUCGGGGAGCAUAACAGCAAAGUCAGCAGGGGCCCUCUCCACCCUCUCUGCCUCGCUCCCUCUGCUUCCUCUCCCUCUUCUCCAUUUUCUCUGCUCCCUCAGCUGCCCUGCUGCUACCAUCUCUGUCCCCGUGGUGCCAUGUGUGAACGAGGCAUGCUCUUCAUGUGUGACAGGAAGAGCAGAUCAUCGACCCAUGCUUCACAUCUCCCCUUUCUCCUCCGCUCCCUCGCCUCCCUCCUCGCCCUGCCCCCUCUGCUCCCUCUCCUCCCCGCCCUGCCCCCUCUGCGUCCUCUCCUCCUUUACCCUGCUCCCCACCACCCCCCCGCCCUGCUGCGACCAUCUCUGUCCCCGUGGUGCCGUGUGUGACGGGAAGGGCAGAUCAUCGACCCAUGCUUCCUAUCUCCACAGCCGCUCAUUCACCCCGUCUUUCCCAACAUCCACUCAUCCCUUUGCUCUGCUUCCUCUGCUCCCUGCACCCUCUGCCUCCUCUGAUCCCUCUGCUGCCCUCUCUGCUGCUUCCGCUCUCUCUGCUCCUUCACAUCUCCCUCCCCCCUUCUCCUCCCGUUCGCUUUUCUUGGAUUGCAGUUGGAUAGCAGGUGCUUCUCAAUCUAACCAACUACGGGGUGUUGCAGCUGUCUGGCAACCCUCCUCCAUCUCUUCUCCAGCAUCCCCAUAA